AUGCUCGUACGUCGAGUAUUAUACGCGUUUGCAUUAUGCUUGAUACCUGCUGGAGGUUUAGCCCAAACUCAUGAGCUUGACAGACGCGCCGUCGAUCCUUUAGCCGGAACAUCCGAGUGUGCGAGGACAUGUUUCACGAAGACGAACGACACAGAAGCUUUUCAAGGCAGCCAAACGGACGACCUAUGCCAAUAUAAGUCACUUUAUCAUAGUGUAGAAGUAUGCGUCAAACACGACUGUAAUUUCACCGAGAUCUUGGACUUCAAGAACAGAACGUCCCGCGCAUGCGACUGGCCGAUCACCGACCGUCGUCAAGAAAUUCGAAUCAGCUGUUUGACAAUAGGCAUUUUGGCUAUGGUCUUCUUUACCAUGAGAGCCAUCUCAAAGAUAAUUGGAUUCGUGCCAUAUGGGCAUGAUGAUAGUCUGAUUAUAGCAACUCUGCCAUUUAUUAUCGCAUUUAAUAUUUUCUGCCAAGUCCUCACUUCGAAGGGUCUCGGACUCGAUAUUUGGUUCGUGGAAGAAGAUGAUAUUCGCACCUUUCUCAUCCUGAUUUUCGCUUCCGAACUAUCGUACGCUACAGCUCUCGCCCUCGUGAAACUAUCGAUCCUAACCUUCUUCCUUCGCAUAUUCCCUGAUCAGAAAUUCCGCACCAUUGUUCGAUGGACUACGAUCUUUAUUCUCGUCAUGUGUCCCCUAUAUCUAGCACUCAUCCUCGCUCAACGAAGGCCACUCGAUCUGUUUUGGAAUGGGUGGAAGAACAAGAAUCCGCAAGGUGUUAUCUUGAGUGGAAAUCUCAUAGGCAUAACACAUGGUGCAUGGAACGUUGCUUUGGAUAUUUGGAUGAUGAUUCUUCCAAUGACGCAACUGCUGAAAAUCGGGAUCAAGCUGAAGAAAAAGAUUGGGGUAAUUGCCAUGUUCGGAGUGGGCCUCUUGUAA